UCACGGGUUGGUAUACGGUAAACUAACAGGCAAUGACAUGCGAGUAUUACCGAACAAUAAAUGUGUGGAUGGCAUGACUGCGUUGUGAAAAGAAAUAACAACAUUGUCCGGCUCCUCUUCCCAGAGAGGAAAAUUGCGUGCUUCGAAGCAGUGAACCAAAACAUAUCCUGUCUCUAUAAAUAUCACAGCCUAACUACACUUUAAAACUGGCACAAGUCCGGACGAGUACAACUGCAAACCACACGUGUAUGCAUACCACGAUAUGAGUGAACUAAUCCUGAAAGCGACGUUACACCCCAUUUCACUUCCCUUUUUAAAUCAGUCGGUACGACAUUGAACAAGCUAUGCUAAAUGUAUCAACUUUGAUCCCGACAUAAAGCCUCGCAAUUCCAUGCUGAAUGCGAAUUGACGUCAAAGGAAAAACCAGGCUUUGUAAAAAUAGAAAUGAUAUCUCCAUCACACACUAUCAUUCUAUGAGAAUCUGAUAACGGAGCACUGUUGAAGCCACCAGAAUUCGACAAUGGCUACAACGUGCACUGAGUGCAAUCGGUCAUUUGCAAGUGACAACGAUCUUUAUCAACAUCAUUUGAACACGCUUCAUAAAUGUCACCACUGUGGAAGUAUCCCCUCAUCCAGAGAUGGCGCAAAACAACACAUGCGUACUCAUAAGAUUCACAAUUGUACAUUAUGUACCAGGGGCUUCUUCCUUGCUCGGUCUCUGCAGCAACACAUGGAGAUGUCAUCCCAUGUCAAGAAGCAAAGGAAACGUAAACCCAAAUCAAAAAGGACGAUUCAGCCGGUCGCGUCAGUCAUAUAUUUAAGGAAUAACCAGUCUCAAUCAACCUUUGUAACAGAGGUGGAGAAGUACCCGACCUUCGAAACCUUCUUGAAACAAGAAGUUUACCCCGCUCAGAGUCACCUGACAAAAUGCAACGAGAUCGUUGAUUAUCUGAUGCGGUUUCUUCAGCACAACACGUCUUAUGAUGUUGCCAAAGUGGUCAAGGGAGGCUCAAUGGGAAAAGGAACCAGCAUAAAAAAGAAGAACGAUAUCGACAUAGCUGUGUUCCUGAACGACUACAAGAGCAUAAAGGAUCUGCAGAGAAACAUGAAAACUGUGUUGGCGGACCUUAAAGAACAUCUUCUCCAUGACGCUAACUGGGCUAAAAAGAUUAAGUUUACUAGGUUUACCAGUCACAGCAUCCAGUUCCAACUGAAGUGCCAUCCUGAUGAUGAACUUCACGAUGUGGAUCUUCUCCCUGCUGUGGAUGUACUUCGUGCAGGAUCAGAGAGGAGUGUUUACCGUCAAAUGGAAACAAUGGGGGAACACGAACGGAGUUUUAUGUCCGUAUGCCUGGGGCCACUACAGACAGAGUUCGUCAAAACGCGUCCCCCAAGAGUAAAGGACCUCAUUAGACUAGUCAAACACUGGAAACGUACAGAAGAUGUUGAUGAGCUGGUAUCCUACUCUAUCGAACUGAUUGUCAUCAAGGAAUGCGAAACACCGGGGAAACUGGAAAACUUUGAUCUGAAAGCAGGAUUCACAUAUGUCCUCCAAAAGAUCGCUGCUAUUGACACCAUGGUCAUAGAGUGUCCUGAAUGUUACGAUGUCUCAAAGUACGGAGGACUCCCAAACGACAAAGUCAUUAUAAUGGACCCAGCAAACCCAUACAAGAACACUGCUGACAGGAUCCGGAAAGUUGACAAAAUCAAGGAGAAAGCCAGAAACACGAUUAAAGCCUUGAAGUAGACGAAGGACAUUUGAAUAUUAAUUCAUUUUGUCACUGGACGUGCAUGUUUCCUUUUUUAGGGUUUCUUCAACAGAAUGUUAAAAUGAGUUUAUGUUGUGGCGCGAGCCUUUUGUCCACUGGUGUGUCCAUUGGGUUCUAGCUCUAUUGUACACAUAUUAAGACAUUAUAUUUUCAUACUCUGUUAUGAUGUAAAUACACAGUGUGGUGUGGGCUUGACGUUCGUUCAUGUAACCUAACGUGUAACAUGAAUGGGUUUAUUAUAAAUAGACAUGCAGUUAUCAUGUAUUUGCAUAGUGAUAUUGUAGAUUUAUAUUUUGAAAUCGUCAUGCUAAUAAUUCCUAAUCUCUUUUUCUAAUUGAAUUGUAUUUUAUUCAGUGGUGUAUUUUAUUUGUAUAUUUCUAUUUUUGAAAUGUUAUGGCGACUUUAGGCUUUUGGCUUUCAUACUUACCUAAGACAAUAGAAGAUUCUGAACCGGCAACUUACAUGUCAGUUUUAUUUUGAUUUAUAACCUAUAUAGAUGGAUCGAGUGGUCAUGACUUUGUUAGUUGUUGGUCAUGAGACAUCUAAGGCAUGGGUCGUUACUCAUGACCCCAGUCAUUGGUUUGUCUAGUUACGAUCAUUCGUAUUCAUUUCUGGAGCUGGAAUAUUGCUGUUAUUGUGGCGAUAAACAUCAAAGAAAAAUCAAUGUGUCCAUGGUAGCUUAUUCAUUAGAGCUACAUGUCGCUGUUUCUACUUUUUAGGGCAUAUAAUAAUUAUUCAUAACACAAAACAUGAAUAGACUACAUACAUAAUUAUGUUUUUAAAUAAACUAUUGUACUGA